AUGGUCGCGCUCCCCAAACCAGAUUUUGAGAGGCCUUGCAAUCACUGCAAAGCAAAAAAGGUGAAGGCUAACCUUGACUGCAAUAUUGCAGAAGAGGUUGGAUACAGUCACAAGACAGUUGAACCUAUAAUAAGACAGCUCGAGCAAACGAAAAAGGACAGCCUGAUUGAGAAUGUGGCUCACGAAGUCGGAAGCUUGGUGGUCACGAAUAACAUAAACUCGGGAAAAUACAUUGGAGCAGCCACGGGCCUCAAUUUUGCUCGUCUGUUUCUAAAACAACUGGAUUUGAAAAAUAAUCUGGAUAAGCCCAGCACUAGCGACUUCGAGAAUUUUGAUCUCGAAGUAACCCAGUCAUGCGCAGCCUUACCUUCACAACAGAUGUCGAAGUUCCUACUACAAAAAUAUAUCGACACGCUACAAAUCUAUUACCCAAUUCACAACAUACCGCAAUUGCUUUUGUUACAAACUAAUAUUUAUGAGCGCCCGCAAGAAGUAUCACGCUAUGAAAAAUACACCUUCUUCAUGAUUAUGGCAAUUGCAUCGCAGAAGCUUACUCACACUGACGCAAUACGAAACCCUUUCACCCCCAAUGAAUAUUACAACACGGCUUCGAGAUAUUUGGAGAACAUAUUGGGAAACCGCUCUGAAAAGUCUCUCCAGGCUCUUCUUUUGCUGGUCAUAUGGAAGCUAGAGUCUGACGCUUUAGAAGACGAUAAUGGAGACCUAUGGUAUCUGAGCCGUUUCUGCAUGUCGCUUGCGAUGGAGCUUGGGGUUCACCGGUAUAACCCUACAUGGAGUUUUGGCGAGGAGCGCGAUGAGCAACGAAACAGAUUAUUUUGGUGUUCAUAUAUAGCCGACCGGUCAGUUGCUAUGAAGUUCGGGCGAGGGCUCUCUUUGAGAAACAAAGCAAUCGAUACCCCUUUGCCAAAACUUCUCAAGGACGAUUACAGCUUUAGUUUGAAAACCUCAUACAAUGAAGUGCAAUUGUUACCAAGCAUCAUGCUUAUCAAAAUUUCGGAAAUUGCUGGAGACAUGUUGGAAAGCGUGUACAUUUCUAGAACCACUGGGACUCAACCUCCUCUUGACGACGAGCAGAUUCAAUCUAUACGAUCCGAGCUGCAAGAUCGGCUGGACAUCUGGAUGAAACAAGUGGAGAUAGAAGUGCCAAACAAUCUCAUUUGUUACCAUGAGCUCAAAGUGCGGUAUUGCGUUUUCUCGAUCGUCUUGAACAGACCCUCUCCUUCAUUCCCCUUGCCAGACGGAGCCGCCAUUCAACUUUGUAAAGAGAAAUGUAUCUUAGGGGUGGAAUGUUAUAAUUCAUUGAUUGCCAGCGGCUGGAAAGUGACUCCAACGUGUUUGCAUGAUAUUCUUGCAAUUGGACUGACCAUGAUCUAUUGUUGCUGGAGACUCGAAUCGGAUGCGAUAGAUAUUAAUGAUUUUUCCAAGAGAUUGUUGGAGAUUAUGCAGGAAGCUUGUACUUAUUAUCCCAAAUACACAAGAUUCAAAUCCUUAUAUGAAACAGUUUCGAAUGCCAUUGCAGAGCAAUUAGAUACAGAGGUGAAGACCAAAAGAAGACUGGAUUCAAGCUUCAGAGUAAGCAUGGACUCAAGUAAUCAGUUUGAAUGGAAUGAGUGGUUUUCACAAGAGGUCUUUCAAGACGGAUUUCGACAAUUCUAUGAUCUUGCCAAUAAUCAUCUGAUAGAGGGCUUGGCUGACUUUGUUCAAAAUGUGUCGGCCAGGGUUGAAAACUAA